AUGUACUCUUACAUUUACUCUGAUAAUGAAUCAAAUAAUUCUGAUUCUGAAGAAGAACUACUUAAUGCUGAAGAUGAUGAAAUAAUUCUUUUGGGAUUAUGUACUUUAUUAGAUUCUCGUUAUUUAGAGUCACGUUUUCGAAGUGAUAUUGCUAAAUCUCAAGAGUGUCUUAUAAAUAAUAUUGAAAUACACACAGUUUUUCAAUCAACCGGUAAUAAACAGCAAGCCCCAGUUGAAUUACAACUAGCUAUUUUUUUACGAAGAGUUGGGUCAAAGGAUGAUAUUUUUAGUAUAUGUUCACGAUAUGGUAUUUCAGAGGGCACCGUUUAUCUCUAUUGUAAGAGAAUCAUGUUGGCUAUUCUUUCAUUAAAAAGUUCAUUAGUUGUAUGGCCAACAGGACAAAUAAGAAAGAUGGUUCAUUCAGGCUUUAAAGAUAUUGGAGGAUUUAACAAUGUUAUUGGUACCAUUGAUGGUACUCAUAUAAUCUUAGGAAUUGCUCCUUUAAAACAACCUGAGAUAUAUUGGAAUCGUAAAAAAAAAUAUUCAAUUCAAUGUCAAGGUAUUGUUGAUUAUCGUGGUAUUUUUAUUGAUUAUGAAAUAGGAUGGCCAGGAUUAGUUCAUGAUGCAAAGGAUGGGAUUAUUUAUUAG